CUGACGCUUGAACAAUGGGAGAAAAGAGAGGCUUCCAGAUGUAUGCGCCUUGUUAAAUUCUUCGCCUCUUGAAAUAGGACAAGGCGUCAAUCUGACUAAAUGUUAAUGCUUGCAUCGUGUUGUCCAGCAAGUGCCCAUUUACCUGAGAAUGGAGAAAGAAGAACAAAUGAAGUUAUACAGUUUUUGGAAGUCUUUGAGAGGAGCUACUGUCGAACGAUAGAGACAUUAGUAGACAUCUUCCAGGAGUAUCCUGAUGAAGUAGAGUACAUUUUCAAGCCUUCUUGUGUACCACUUAUGAGAUGUGCAGGGUGCUGUAAUGAUGAAAGCUUAGAGUGUGUUCCCACAGAAACGUAUAAUGUAACUAUGCAGGUAAUGAGAAUGAAAUUCAAACAUGGUCAACAUGUCAGUGACAUGAGUUUCACAGAACACAGCAGAUGUGAAUGCAGACCAAAGCAAGAUUUCAGAGAGAAAAAAGAAAAAAAAUUCAAGAAAAGCAAAGGCAAAGUUCUUAAACGAAAGAGAAAGAAAAGCAAAGACAAAAAUCCCAACUCGUAUGUCAGCUGUGCAUAUUCAAUGCCACAAUUGCACUUGAGCAUUUUACUCCUGGUUGUUAAGUUAAUUUGGGAGGAGGUUAUUUAUUUCAUAUGAUUUUCUUUGUGAUUUGGCAUGAGGCCUAGAUGUUUGAUUAGAAAAAGAAAUCCAAUAGGUGUGUUGUACUUAAUUCCUAAAAUGAAUGUGAAUAAUGGCACUGCAAGGGAGGCUUGCUUCUUUUUAAACUUGAUUAAAACACUGAUUGCUAUAACCUGUUACAUGUAAUUCUGCUGAUAUGUGCAUUUUCUUAUGUUUGUGCAAAAUUAAUAACUUUGUGUUCAGAAUCCAGAAAUAUUUGUUGAUGUUGUUUUCAAAGAUGUUCAAUUUUUGAGAAGUCUGUUCUCAACGCAAAAUUAAAUAUAUGUCGAGGACUCUUUAUAGUUUCAAAUGCCAUAAGAUUUACUUGUGAGGAGCAUAUAUGAUACAUAAGGCAUAUGUAAUAUAAAUAAUUGAUCCAGUUAACACACAGUUAUUCUAAAUUUCACGUUAAUUAGAUUUAAAAUAUUUUUCUGUACAAAUCUGUAGUGGUACAGUUACUUGGCCAAUCUAAAUAUAAAUACAUAUUUUAUAAAAAAGAUUCUCAGACAUGAAAGUUGUUUUUUUUUUUUGCUUUUUUUAAUGUUAUGUAUACUACAUCAAUUUCAGCAUUCUUCUCCAUGGUUAUAGCUAUGUCACUCAUCCACUUACAGCAUUGCCAUUGAUCAUAUUCAUAGCUUUAUAAAAUACAAUAUUAAUUUCUUCCAAUCAUUCAUAUUCUGAAUUUAACAUAUUACAUUAGAUAUUACAGAAGCAUUGCGCCUAUUCUGGAAGUAUUAAGCACAAGGUAGGAACCAACCCCGGAAGGGGUGAUAGUCCAUCACACUCAAGCUGAGCCAAUUUAGUGUAUACUGACUUGAAUGUCUGCUAGGAGUGGAAGAAAAGUACAUAGUAAAAUACAUGCACACAUGUGGAAACACCAUAGAUAGAUAUUUUAUUAAUCCCAAUGGGAAAUUCACAUAUACAGGUAGUGCCCAGGUUAGGACAUAAGCAAAGAACUGUGAAGCAGUGAUGCCACAGUAGCCAUUACACUUUGUGAUGGUCCAAAGCCCUACUAAAAAUGUGAAAAUAUGCUGAAUCCACAUUCUAUUAAGUAUUCAAUAUUUUCAGGGCUAGGGGAAAAUUAUACUGCAGAGUCUUUUAUGAUGAGUGUCUGUCAGGAUUUUGUAAAUAAAAUUUCUUUGCUUGGUUGAAGUUGUUCACAUUAGAGAUAGACAGUUACUGAACAGUUUUCAUAUCUUUGCUGUUGUUUUAAUUGGUAAGCUUAGGGUGUUGACUGGCUUGAUCUCAACUUUUGUGUAUGUGUGUGUGUGUGUUUUUUUUUCUCUUCAUUUUAAGCCAUUAUACUGUUAUGCAGAGGCAUAUCCACUACAGGUAGUUUAAGGCUGAAAACUGAUUUUUUUUUCCCUACUAGACAGACCAGUGCAUGCUCUAGAUGAGGUUAAAGUUACAUUUUUUUUAAACAUGGAUUUUUUAGUAUUGUUCUAUUAGGACCAGUCAUGUGAAGGAUCUGGACACCCAGAUGACAUAUGUAGAACAGUGUUAUUCCUUUAGUGUGGAUAUAGGCCUUUCAUUGAUCAUAACUGUUGCCCUUCUUAUUUGAAUACUUAGUUUUGGAGGGCACCUUAUGCUGAACAUUUACAUCAUGUUUUCUCACUUUAAUUUUAAUCAACUUUAUUGUUUAGUGUACUUGUAAAAUGUAUGUCCUUAAUUGGUUCAUUUCAGUAAGUGUACUUAAAUUUUUUCCAUUUGCCACAUGGUGUUUUUCUGAGGAGCUAUCAGUGCCUGUGAGGCUGCCUGAAAAUGGCUAAUUAAACCUCAGUCUGUAUAAGGAGUACCUUAAAUUAAUCCAGUUGGUUACAUUUCAAAUAAUUGUUAAGACAGCACAGUAUUUACUUCAACACCAGUUUAGUUGUUUCAUGGCAAAGGAGGAGAAUAAUUAUGGAAUCUCUUUUGUUUAUAUUUGCUCUUUGUGUAUGAUAAGGUAUAGAAUUUAGAUUUUACACUGAAAUCACACAGUACUUUUUGUUCAUCUGUAGCAAACAUACUCAAUUAAAUAUACUAAGUUUACAAACUGUAGUACAUUAAAAUUUGAAAUUUCACAGAUAAUUGGAUUUCUCAAAUAUAGAUUCAUAGACAGACCACCUCAACCAUUUAACAAAUGCAUUUGAUUUUUUAGGGUUUUUUUUUUUUGCUACUUUCCAACUUGGCAGUGCAUAUCUGCUACAUACAUACAUUUCUUAUAGCAUUAAUACACAAGCUUCUUAUAGUAAAGUUAACAGAAAAAUAUUUGGUAGGUUUAGUUAGUAGAUUCUUAAUGUGAUAAUCUCUCCAUAAUUUCAACACAUAAACUUUCCUGCAUUCAGGUUUUUCAACUUAUGUUGAUGGGGCUUAGCCAACACAUGUAGUAUUUUCCUAGGAUGAACUUUUAGGACUUUUCUCAAAUUCCUCUUCAGCCAUUGUAUAACAGUGCCCUUUUUAGCUGUGAUUAUGAACAAGAUUUUAUUUAAAACCAGAUUCUAAUUUGUGUAAAAUGUUUGUUUUUUAAUAAAGGCACUUGAGAAAACUAAUACAAUUCUAAUAGAAAAACUGUAACUUUCAGAACAUGUAGUAAUGUACUGAUUUGAUUCUGAUUGUAAAAAAAUGCAAUAAAAGCACUGCAUGUUUAAACUUCUAAUAUGUUGUGUUUUAUUUAAAGUUUUUUUUUAACAAGUGGUUUUGAGGCAUCCAUUUAUUUAACAUUGUUCUUAUAAUAUGAAAUUGAAAAAGUCAAGCAUAUUGAACAUAUAUUAGUUGCAAACAGUCUGAAGGUAUUAAAAUCGGAAUGAGUGUAGGUGUGUGUGAGUGUGCUCUGCAGUGGACUAGUGCCCCAUUUAGUGUUGGUUCCCACCUGUUCUCAGGAGACCAUUUCCUUUUCUUGGACUGGAUAGGUAGGUCAGAAAAUGGAUGUUUUUCUUUUUGUUAAUCCAAAGAUGUAAUUCAGAUACUUCAAUACAUUUCAUAUAACUGAGGCUUAUUUAAAAUGCUCUGUUUAAAAAGGAAUGGCACGAUGGUGUAAACGAUAGCAUCAACACCUCACAGGAUUUGAACCUUGGUUCAGCUCCUGACUGUAGUUAAGGUGUUGAAUUUGCGUGCCCCUCUGUGUGCACAUGGGAGUCUUUCAUCUAUUUCAAAAUACAUGUUUAAGUUGUUUGGGAAAAUUUGUUUAGCCAAGUGUCAAGGUGUGUGCCUGUGUACUUGUUUUCCCUAUAGUGGGUUAAUGUCUCAUCCAGAGCUGGCCCCACUGUUUAUUGUCAGGUCAUAUGGCUCUCAGAAAAAGUGAGUUCAGAAAAUAAAUGGGUGUAUAAAUCUGUUAAUUAGUGUAGGUUCUGAAAAUUUGACCACCAAGAAUAACUAAAAAUGCACAUCAUUGGAAACAAUAUUUGUCAAACAUAGGUCCAUAGAUCUUUUUUAAACAGAAAAUGUAAACCAAUAGGCUGUAAUCUGCAAAACGUAUCAGAGGAAGAAAAUGGUUUGUGCUAUCAGGUGAAAUAUAUAAAAAACACACAAUAAAUAAAAAUACACAAACCCAAAUUGUAUUUGCCAUCAAGCAUAAAGAUAUUCUAGAGAAUUAAAAAAGACAAUAAAAUGCAAUAGAUUGUUGUGCAGAGAACUUUUUUUUGUGAAAAUGAAAGAUUGACUUUCAUUAUGUAAUUGAAAGUAAGAACUAGUUUAAGUCAUUUCUCUUGCUAUAAAUAUUAAACUUUGCCUUUAAUAUAAUUUAGGUUGUAUUGUUGAACAUACUUUACUGUAUUUGUGAACCCACAUUCUCAAACUUUGCUUUCACUGUGAAAAAGUCUGUAUAUGGAAAUGGUGAUCAAGUUUUCAUUGGUCAAAAGUAAAAUCAAACAGACAAGUGCCAGUCAUUUUGGUUUAUGCCAUUGCUUUGUUAACCUCUUCAUUUAACACUUAGAAAACAUGUUCUGUGUGCUUCCCGCUCUCCAUAAAACAGGUGUGCUUAUUGUUCCCGGGAUAUUGCAUGUGUUGUUUCUUUCUUUCUGCUAAAGCGCUGUAGCUUAGAACUCUUUUUCCUGUUUUUUGCCUUU